CGCGCGAGAGCUCGUGCGGUGCUGUAGCAACAGAGGCUUCGCGGAGCCACAGGGAGUUGGAGUUGGAGUUGUCGGGGGGAGGGGAUAGCGAGCUUAGGUCGGAUCCAAUGUGUUUAUGUGCGUGUGUUGGUGUCUAUGAGAAGGAGGGAGAGUGCAUUAUGUGGCCUGCUUGUCCAGUAAUCAUCGGCCAAAAUGCUCGAUCUCUCCCUUCGCUCUAGUGGAGCGAACGAGUGAUCUCGGGGCGCCGAGGACGGCAGCGGGGAGAGAUCGCCGAGUGCGUGUGCGGAAUAACACACGAAAGAGGACGGGAAGAAAACUUAAACAUGGCGUUGAGGGAGGAGGGGGAUUCGGCGGCGCACAACAACACCAGCAACGCCAAGUGCCCAGAGGAGAACAGUCGCAAUGGUUAUGUGAAGAGCUGCGUCACCCCGCUGAAACAGGACGGCGGGUUUUCCAUCUGCAGGUGGUGUAACUUGGAGAGGCUCGGCUUGGUGCGUCCGAAACUUGCAGCCUUUUACCUCGGGGGCGGCUGCAGUGCCUUUGCAAUCGUCGCUCUAUCCAUCGUGGCCAGGAGAUGCCUGGACGCGGAGUUUCUUUCAUCCUUGCUGCAGACUUUCCAGGCGGUAUGGGCAAUCGCAUUCCAGUCUCUCAGUCCUCUCUUUAGCAUCUGCUGUGCCUUCUUUUGGUUGACAUUUUAUCUGAGGAAGAGCAAACGCGAAAGCAGCACGGCUUGGCUUCUGUCAUUGCCUCCAUGUUGCUACCUCGGAGAUUUCUUGGUGGUGCAAGUUUUGGUCGGUGAGGACCAGCUGUUUCUUUGCAGGUUGCUGGCUCCGGCCGUGGUGCUGGGUUGCGUGGGCUUUCUGACAUUACUUUCCACUUUGAAAGUGAAACAGAGCGUCCUGAUCUUGUUGUUCGCCGGCGUUCUUAGGUUGGCUUCCAUCACCAGUUUGAUCGCCCUCCCAGCAGCUCUGAGACCCCUGUUGGCCUGUGGGGUCGGGAUGGUGGGGGCUACCAUUGCUGUAUAUUUUGAUUACCUAUUUCCGAGAGAAGCCCGUCGUAGGAUAACCACAGAAGAAAAAAUCCCAGUGAUCAAACCACGCAGGAGAUCGAGUUGUGUUUCGUUGGGAGAAACAUCAACAAGCUAUUAUGGUGGAUGCAAGAUGCCCAGGAGGACGUCGUUGCCUUGCAUAUCGAGGGAGCAGAUGAUCCUAUGGGACUGGGACUUGAAACAAUGGUUCAGAAAUUAUCAAUAUCAGAAUUCCAGUAGUGGUUAUGGAUUGGAUCCUGCUGUUAUGGGUGAGGUGCAAAGCCUGGUUACAGAUCUUCUUGCUGACCCGUCUCUCCCUUCGAGCAUCACCCCUUCUCUGCGAACCAUCAACAGCCUGAUCGUAUCCCAGCUCACAUUCUCUAAUACACACAGACCAAGAGUGAAUCCCCUUACAUCAUUUUCUGAGUCCUACUCCUGUUCAGAAAUUGAGGACUUAUCGGAUAAAGGGGAAAAAAUUUUUCCAAAGUCUCUGUGUAGACCAGAGUCUAACUGUGGCCGCAUGAUGCCAAACAUCAUGUCCAUACAGGAUCUCCAGUUGAUUGAUGUCUGUGUUAAGCGACUACUGCAGCAUGUGGAAACAAGAGAGACUGAUAGGAAGUUUGUUGUAGCCUAUAGGGUUUUUGGUCAGCUUGUAAAGAUUGCACUUACUUUAAAUGCAGGUUCACAGGCAAAUGGACCUUCCAGUUCAAACCUGUUGACAAUUCCCAAAUCUCGAUCUGCAUCCCUAUCUUUAACAUCUCAUCACGUUGGACCCAGACGGGCAGGUAUUUCUCCUAGCCUCAGUCCUGUGAAUUCCCCAAUUCAUGGUCCUGGGUCAAUAACUGGUUUUAACCGCUCACCGGUGGAAUUUCCUGAUACGGCUGACAUACUGACCAAACCCAGAGUGACCCUCCAUAAACCAAUUGGAUACACACUCAGUUCUCCAGAUUUUCAGCAAUCUUUUAGAAUGACCAGUAGUGCUCUCUGCAGCAGUUGUGGACGACAUAUGCUUAGAUCAGUGCAAAACAUUGAUUUAGGAGAAAGCAGUUUGCAGUCAGUUGCAGAAUCGCCCUGUACCAAAACACAAGACGAAGAUACAGCUCCUGACGAUGGAAUUAAAGUUGAACACACAUCUGGAGCUGACAGAAAGGAACAAUUAGAAAAUGAAGGAUCCAUGAAAUUUAUAAGUAAUGAGGACCAGCAGACGCAAGCGCAAAAUAAUCAGUCUGGGCAGCUGCCAGAACUUUCAGUUGAGCUGAUAGAAGGGCAAGGCACUGACUUAUGCAUGGAAAAGCUAAAUAAUUGGAACUUUCCCAUUUUUGAACUUGUAGAGAUGACAGGUGGACAAUCUGGAAGAAUUCUUAGUCAGGUCAUUUACUCCCUGUUUCUUGAUACUGGCUUAUUUGACCUCUUUAAAAUCCCCAUUCGGGAAUUCAUAAGCUACUUUCGUGCACUGGAAAAUGGUUAUCGUGACAUUCCUUACCACAAUCGUGUCCAUGCCACUGAUGUGCUUCAUGCUGUUUGGUACUUAACUACUCGACCUAUUCCAGGAUUCCAGCAAAUAAACAAUGAUCAUGUAAUGGGAAGUGAUACAGAUUCUGAUAGCGGAAUAUCACCAGGCCGGGUUGCCUACAUGUGUUCCAGAAGUUGUGCCAUUUCUGAUGAUAGCUGUAACUGUCUUGCGUCAAACAUCCCAGCCCUGGAGUUAAUGGCACUUUACGUUGCCGCUGCCAUGCAUGAUUAUGAUCAUCCUGGACGUACAAAUGCAUUUUUAGUAGCAACAAAUGCACCCCAAGCUGUCCUUUAUAAUGACAGAUCUGUCUUGGAGAAUCACCAUUCUGCCGCUGCAUGGAACUUGUUUAUGUCCAGUUCAGAGUUCAACUUCUUGGCAAAUCUGGAUCAUGUUGAGUUCAAACGUUUUCGUUUCUUGGUGAUUGAAGCAAUCCUUGCGACUGAUUUGAAAAAGCAUUUUGACUUCCUUGCUGAGUUUAACUCAAAGGUAAAUGAAGUCAAUAAUCCAGGAAUUGAUUGGACCAAUGAGAACGAUCGCCUGUUAGUGUGCCAGGUGUGCAUAAAACUGGCCGAUAUCAAUGGCCCUGCAAAGAUGAGGGAGUUGCAUCUGCAGUGGACAGAAGGCAUUGUCAAUGAAUUCUAUGAGCAGGGAGAUGAAGAAGCAAGUCUUGGGUUACCCAUUAGCCCUUUCAUGGACCGGUCUUCGCCUCAGCUAGCUAAGCUGCAGGAAUCUUUCAUUACACAUAUUGUAGGUCCCCUGUGUAAUUCCUAUGCUGCUGCAGGAUUACUACCAGGUCAGUGGGUGGAUGAUGAUGAUACUGAUCCAGAAUGUGGUGAGGAUGAUGAUGAUGCAGAAGAUUUAGAAACUGAAGAUGAAAUAGAUGAUGAGGACCUUGAUAUUCCAACAAGGCAGGGGAAGAAAAGAAAAGGAAGGCGGAGAAUCUUCUGCCCGAUUUUGCAUCACCUCACAGAAAAUCAUAACCUGUGGAAGAAAGUCAUUGAAGAGGAGGAACAUGAACAGCAAUGCAAGUCAGAGUUAAAUAUACAACAAACAGAUAACGCAUCUUUACCUCAAACUUCAGAUGAAAUCCAGGUAAUUGAAGAAGCAGAUGAAGAGGAAGAGAGACAACAAGGGGAGGAGAGACAGUGCUGAGAAGAGAAGAUGCAGUGCUAAUUAAACAAUAUAUUAAAGCCUCACUCUGCUGAUACCAGAGACUGAUAUACUUCUUUGUUAAAAGGCCUUAAUACUGUGAGAGGAUUCUAGCACUCAGCAGAAUCCCACUCAUAUGCACUUUCACCCAUGGAAAAAUUCGUGUAUACCCUGGAACAAAGCCCUUGUGCCCUGUGGUGUCCAAAUGUUUUCAUGUUGAUGCUGCCUUUCAGAAUGAAGAGUGCUCAGUUUCCAUGUGGUACUGGAGGAUGUUGCAAAAACUUCAGCUUAGCAACUGCUGUUACCAAAGUGAAUUACAAGUUUACUGUGUUCCAUUAGUAAGGAAGAAGGUGGACGUUAAGCACGUAUCAGAUGUCCAGCAUCUAUAUCAGGUGGACUUGAAAAUUAUGGAUUUGUGUCUGUAGCAAUUCAGAAUGGAGCACUUCAGUAAAGAGCCUUGUUGUAAGGGCCCCUGAUUUUUUUUUCUCUGAAAGUAUCUGCUUUAAUGCAGGUAAAAUCCGUGUAGAAUCCUUGUCUCAUUAUUUGACUGCAGAAAAGAAUGUUAGUGACUAAAAAUUCUAGCUGCAUCAUUUUUUUUGAUGCUUUUUAAUGUACAAUUUGCCUUGUUAGGUUUUGCCUUUCUUGUGCUGGAAGUAACCAGAAAUGCACAGUGGCCAAGCAUUUCAGUUUGCCCGAACAUAAUUGUUCUGUAAUAGAACAGUGGAGUAAUGUUAAUGAUGAAGGGAUUUUUAAUGUUAUAGUUCUCUUCUCACUGCAACUCAGGAUCCAUGCUAAGAUACAUGAAGCAAUGCCAUUGAAAUUAUGCAGGUUGAAAGAAAAAACAGUUGAUGUAAUUAACAUGUUAUUUUGAGUCUACUUUUGUUUGGGAAAUUCAUCUGGUCUUUCAUGUCACAUACCAUACACAGACUUUCUCACUUAUAUAUCCACAUUGCUAAUAAUAUGCGUUGGUUAUUGCACAUCGUGAGGCUGAAAGGUUACUGUGUAUUGCAAUCAGUAUACCUUGAAAAUGUAGUAAAAUACUUGCCAAUAUGAUUUCAAUAUGUUGGAGUAUGUCAUACAUAUAGUAUGUAGUUCUAUUUUUUCACAGUAGAAACUCUAGACAUUCCACAAGGGCAUCGUACCUACUCAGAACUAUUUAUCUGCAAACUCAUCCAGUGUAAAUAUGGUUGCAAAGAAGAUGCAUGUACAGCUUUUACACAAUAUUUGUAAGUUAGUUUAGGCUGCAGGUAUGUAAUUUUCUUAUGCAGACUGUACAAAUAGCUACUGGAAUGGUUGUGCACCUUUUUAAUACCAAACAAGUGUUUUUAGUUAUGCACAGAAUGCCUACAUUAUAUAAAAAAUUAAUUCAUCUGAAAA